UUAUUAAUAAUUAUAUAUAUAGGUCAAUUAUUUAAGACCCGUUAUCCGAUUCAAAAUUGACCCAUUUUGAAAAUAUACACACAUUACCCGGACCCAUUUAGACGAACCCGGCCCAACUGGAAAACCGAUUGAAGUAUCUUCUAAAACAAAUUACCGGUAUUUGUUUCAGAACAACUUUGUGGAAAUUAUAAGUUUACCCAAACAGUUCAGCUUAAUUCCGUUUUGCCUACUGAAGCGUGAACAGCCAUUGCAUAACUGCUUCCCCUCUCUCUCUUCACUCUCUCUCUCUCUCUCUCUCACACACACACACACACUAUGGCGCUAAAGUAUAAAUACAAACAACUGUUUGUAUUUUCUGCACAAUCGCACAUUCACACAUUUCACCACACUCUGAAAUCCAGAGAAUCGAGAGAAAAAAAGUAAAGAAGGCGUGCGUACGAGUCGAGAUCGAAGGAAGAAGAAAGCAAAGGAAAAACCAUGGAUAACCGCAAGGAAAAGGAUUUGAAGGAACUGAUGGAGAAUGGUUUUGAGGUGGAUUUGUCUAUUUGUAGAAAUAACUUGUUCGUCGUGAAGCUCCACGGACCCAAAGACAGUCCUUAUGAAGGAGGAGUUUGGAGGGUAAGGGUGUCGCUGCCAGAUGAGUAUCCAAAUAAGCCUCCUUCGAUCACCUUUGCCAGCAGGAUUUACCAUACGAAUAUCCAUGAGGCGUCUGGCCUUAUCUGUUUAAAUGUUAUCAGCGAAGAUUGGUCUCCCACAUAUAAACUUUUAAAUGUGUUCCAAUACUAUCUUCCACAACUUCUAUUGAGCCCAAAUCCUGAAGACCCUAUGAAUAAAAUUGCUGCAGCUAAGUUGGAAGACAACCGCGAGGCAUACAAUCAGUUUGUUAGAGACCAUUGCCAGAAACAUGCGAUGCCUGCUGAGGAGAAUAUAUCUAGUAGUGCAGGCAAAGCUGGAAAUACCGAUGAUGAGGAGGGCAAAGCUGGAAAUACCGUUGAUGAGGAGAGCAAAGCUGGAAAUACCAAUGAUGAGGAGGACAAAGCUGAAAAUACCGAUGAUGAGGAGGGCAAAGCUGGAAAUACCGAUGAUGAGGGCAAAGCUGGAAAUACGAAUGAUGAGGAGGGCAAAGCUGGAAAAACCGAUGAUGAGGAGGGCAAAGCUGAAAAUACUGAAGACGAGGAGGAAAAAUCUGGAAAUACUGAUGAGGAGGGCAAAGCUGGAAAUACCGGUGAUCAGUAAAACGGACUAGUCGAAAAAGGUUAUCUGAUAAUGGUUGUUGAUGUGAAUAAUAAACUGUGAAUCCUAUCAUUCAUCUCUUUGCAGUUCAAAAAAAAAACCAAAAGCAGAGAAUUGUGUAUCAUUUUUAGCAGAAUUAGACCUAUUUCUGCAUAUAUCGCCACUUAUGCGAAUUUUGAUAAGAGUUUUAUUUUUUUUGCGU